GUGGGACUUGGAUUCAUGGGCCAAGAAUAUGUUGGUAGGUGAGUUGAUGGGACAGGCAAAAGUAUCGAUCGAUUCGUCCAAGGUGGGAGAGUUCGAUUGGAGGGUUCUUACCGUAUCAAAAAAUGAGCUUUAAGAUUAAAUCCUUUUGUGCGUUUUAUGAACCGAUCCCACUACGGAACUUCUACCAGUGCAUUUUAUGACUGGAUCCGGGGGUCGGUGAGAAUUUUUCGAUCGGGUUUUUCAUUUGGGGGAGCUUUUAGUUGAAAAGUGAAAAUAAAAAUAGAAAUUUUAUUUUAGAAAUAUGGGCCACUUUUCUAAAUGUGUAAAGGCCUAUUGUAAGAAAGUGAAUGCGGCCCGAUUCAGAAACUUCUAUUCUAGGGUUUUUGACGUGACAGAUCCGAACUCACGAAGCCAUCAGCGAAAACCACUCUUACCAAGCCACAGUCUUCCCUACUUCCACUCAAGCACCCACUUUCUUUCCCUCAUCGUUGUCCAUUCGUUGAUUACGCAUUUGUUUAUGUUCACUUUCACUGUUACACACCUGUAAAUAGCAAAAACUUCCCCUGAAAUUAGUUCUAUCUCUCUCCCUUGAUAUAAAAGAAGCAAAACUAACGCAGACAUAAGCCAUUGUUUUGGCGUUAGCUUAGCCCCUUUUUAGGACACACUUUUGCAAACUUUGUUGGCCUCUGUCUGCAACUGUCAAUCUUUCUCAAACUUCCCAACGCUCUCUCACCACACUUCACUUCAUUCUUUAAACCCACCAAAACCCUGCUCUUGAAAUACCCUACUUCAUCUACUGAAUAAAAGCAGUCCCUUUUCGUUUUCUUAUCACGAAUUGAAUUUUGGGUUUUGGUUCCUUUUUCCUGGGUUGUUUUCGAUUUGUUGAGUUUUUUUGGUGGCUGGUUGCUAGUGGGUGGUGGCGGGGAUUAUGGUGAUGGCUGAUAAUGAGGCAGGGGAUGAUCACAAGGAAGUCAAGUCACCAUGGAAGACUCCGGUGAUUGAUGGGGGGAAAGCGGCUGAUGCUCCUGUUAUGGGGACCCAAUCUUGGCCUGACCUUGGUGGGACCCAACAAAUACCUGACAAUCCUCAGGUUGCUGCUGAUGUGUCUGCUACAGCUCCAUCAGUAGAACAGGAAGCAACUGGGCAACAGAAGUCAAAUGGGUCUGGAGACACCAAUGCUUCACAUAAGCAUUCAUCAGCACGUUAUCAGAAGUCAGGCUCCAAGCGCAACCCUAAUAGUGGGCCUCGCUUUGCUGUACCCUUUCCAUAUUAUCAACCACCAAUGGCACCUGUUUUUCAUGCUAUGGUACCUUCACCUCACAUUGCAGUUCCUGGGUAUGCUUACCACCCUGUCCCAGGACCUUUUCCUGGUAUUGAACCUCAGUUGGUAAAAUCUGGAUGUGAGACAACAAUGCAAGCCUUUGGUCCCCCAGUUCAAGGUCUUGAUGCCAGCAGAAAUAUGCAGCCUUCUCCACGAGGAGAUCCCAAUGCAUAUCCUUCCAACUUCUCUAAUAGGAGACCCAACAUGCAAGAACCUGGUGGCCAUUUGAAUCCUGGCUGGAAUCAUCAACGGGCAUUUAAUCCUAGAGACCCCAUUCCCAUGCAGCAGGGUAUCGGACCAAGACCUUUCUCUAGACCUCCAUUCUUUGGUCCAGCUCCACGGUUCAUGGUUGGCCCAAGUUUCCCUGGAGGCGUGUACUAUGUGCCUAUUGCACCUUCAGGCUCUGUAAGGGGACCACAUCCUCCACGCUUUGUUCCAUACCCUAUAAAUCCUGGGAGUGUCGUGUUCCCUCCAGAGACAGUAACACUGAGGGCCAAUAUAGUCAAACAAAUUGAGUAUUAUUUCAGUGAUGAAAAUCUUCAAAAUGACCAUUACCUGAUAUCCCUGAUGGAUGAUCAUGGAUGGGUUCCAAUUGCCACAAUUGCGGACUUUAAAAGGGUUAAGAGAAUGAGCACAGACAUACAAUUCAUCCUUGAUGCGCUGCUGAGUUCUAGUAAUGUAGAAGUGCAGGGUGACAAGAUACGGAGACGUGAUGAGUGGUCCAAGUGGAUUCCAGCUAGUUCAAAGACAACAUUGUCAUCAGAACCUCAGGCUACUCUGUACCAACUUGAAGAGAAUGCCACUGAUUCAUGUGGAAAUGGUGAUGUGAAUGAAGAUAAUUCAAGGAACACUUCUGAUGAAAAUGAUAAAUUUACAUUGCAUGGUGGGAGCUUGGAGCAUGUUUCAGCUGUGGGCAAUCCUAUGGAAGUAACACAUAAAAAUAACGGAAAACAUGCAGUUGCGCAAGUUCUAUUAAAUGAUGUCGAUCAGUUACAAGGAGUUGAGUCUGUAAGGUUUACUGACCAUAAAGCUGAAAGUGUGGAAUUAUUAUCAUAUGUAACAAUACAAAAUGUUGCUGACCUAUCAAAUGAUUUCGCACACACAUUUAUGCUUGAUGAAGAGCUAGAGCUCGAGCAAAAAACACUAAAGACUCUUUCAGCACUUAAAAGAAUGGAUGAUGAAGAUGACGUGAUGGUUAUCAACGAUCAGGAUGUUCAGAGACUUGUGAUUGUUACCCAGAAUAGUGGGACAGGUGAAGGACCAAAAGCUGGUGCGAAAGAUUCAAAGUCCAUAUCCAGUGAGCUUGCUGCUGUGAUAAAUGAUGGUCUUUACUUCUAUGAACAGGAGCUGAAAACUAAACGAUUUAGUUGUAGAAAGAAUAACCCUAUUUAUGAGAAUAAAGAUGGAAAUCCAAGGUCUCCAAGGAGUGCAUCGGGAGUAUCAAAUUCAAAGAUAGGUGAAAACACUGCUGGGAGCAGUAGUCUUGUAGAGUCUGUUGGAGCAAGUUCCCGAAGGAAGCAAAAUAAAGGUUUCUCAAAGCAACAUUCAUUCCAGAAGCAGAGAUUUUUCUCCAGCAACUUAAGGAAACAUGGAACGAGUCACAACUCAAUUUCAAUAAUAUCAGAAAGUCCACCAAGUAAUUCGGUUGGAUAUUUCUUUGGUUCUACUCCUCCAGAUAGUUAUGGCUCUAGGCCGCCUUCAAAGUUGAGCUGUUCACCACAUGGAACUCUUUCUAGCAGUCCACCAGUUGGUUCCUUGCCAAAGUCAUUUCCACCUUUUCAGCAUCCAAGUCAUCAGCUGUUAGAACAAAAUGGUUUCAAGCAACAGAAGUACCUAAAGUUUCAUAAGCGCUGCCUGAGUGACAGGAAGAAGUUGGGAAUUGGUUGCAGUGAGUUAUGGUUUGGAGAAGAAAUAUCGAGACGAUCUUUAUAAGGAUUUUGAGCAAUUCACCCUUGAUUUCUAUCAUAAAGGCAAUCUUUAUGGCCUUGAAAAAUAUUGGGCGUUCCAUCACUUCCGAGAUCAGAGAGAGCCCUUAAAGAAACAUCCAGAAUUGGAUAGGUUACUGAGGGAAGAAUACCGGCUCUUGGAGGAUUUCCGUGCCAAAGAG